CUGUCAAAAACCGGAUUGUGGUCGCUAUCGUUGUGUAAAAAUUGCAAAUUUUUAUUUAAUUAUCUGCGUACUUUAAUGAUAAUCUCUCAAGAGAUUUUAUAUUCUUCAUAUAAAUAAGGAUAUUUACUCAAUUCACAAUAAUGAAUCCAAUGUCAAUGGAUAGAGAAGAGCCAUCAUCUUUGUUGUCAUUUUCUUCAACACAGUCCCUCGAACAGUUUGUGCUUUUAGCCAAAGGUGCUAAAGGAUUUGGAUGUGCAGAGCUUAUAAAACAAGUUCUGGAGGCUCCUGGAGUGCAUGUAUUUGGGGAGCUUCUAGAAAUGCCGAACAUCAAAGAGCUGGAAGAUGGACCUUAUGCAGCUCAUCUUAGAACACUCAACCUCUUUGCCUACGGCACAUACAAAGAUUAUUUGGAGAAUAAAUCGGAAUUCUUGGAGCUGACCCCAGCACAAUGCAAGAAGUUGCAGCAUUUAACCAUUGCCACGCUGGCCACGCAAGAAAAAUGCAUCCCCUAUAGUGUGUUACUGAAAGAACUAGACAUUAAAAAUGUUAGGGACUUGGAAGAUCUCAUCAUAGAAGCUAUUUAUGCAGACAUAAUUCACGGCAAACUGGAUCAAGAAUGCAAACGAGUGGAAGUAGACGUAGCUCUAGGUCGUGAUGCCAGGCUUGAAGAUGCAGCGUCCAUCGCAGAUGUGCUCGCAGACUGGUGCAACGCUUGUGAAGCCGUGCUUAGCUCCGUUGACCGUCACAUACAGCGUGCUAACCACAACAAGCAGAGAGCUAUAAGGCACCAGCAGGGUAUUGAGCAAGAAAUUGUUUACAUAAAGAAGACAUUAAAAACUCAAUUGGAGAACGAAGACUCUGCUGCGGGUGGGGGUAGCGAGACACACUCAGCGCCAAAGAAGAACUCCGGCAAAGGAAAGACUCCUCGCACCACCGCCAAGUUCUGGCAAAAGAACACAUAACCUUAUUAAUCUGAUAAAAAAUAUACGAACAACUUUAUGUGUGAGAUUGCUCAAGGAAUAGAGAAUUUUUGAGGAUAUUGUGAUGGGAUAGUUAGUAAUGUGAUUGCAAUAAAACAGACCAGCCAACCAAAUAUUGAAAGACGUUAAUUUUGUAAAACUAAGCAACCUUCUGUAACAUAUUCUUAAAACAUAUUGGCUCUAUUAAUGGUCCCUGAUAAGCAGAGGCAGUUUUAGCUGUAGAUCAAGAAUUGUUGCAAACACAAAAACUGUAUUACUGUCCCAAACUUAUUAAUUACAUCUCAUGCAUAGAAUUGCACGUAAAGCAAUGUGAUAAUGGUAAAAAAAUCUUUAGGUGUACUGUGUUUAUGUUAAUAAUAGUGUUGAUUGAUAUUUUAAAUUCGCCAAAACCAUCUAAAAAUCUUCAAAACAUGUAUCGUUCACAGCGUAAAAGCGUUUUGUUUGAGAAUGUAUUGAUAUUCAGCUGUCCAUUAUGAGGUACAUCAACAAUAUGAAAUGAUUUUGUAUAUUUGAAGCGAAAAUUAAAUAACUUGUAAGUAA